AUGAGCAUUUUCAGGAUCGGUAGGGCAAUCGCCCACCAUUCGUUGGCCGCCCUUGUUUCUGCUCGUUAUUCGUCUGUUCGGUGUUUGGCUCUGUUGGCGGUCAUGGAUGACGUGAAGAUAGUCGAACGCGGCUCCCCGUAUACCUUUGACUAUCGUAUCUUCUACACGAACGGAGGACACUUCAUUUCUCCAUGGCACGAUAUUCCGAUGUUCGCCGACGAGGCGAAGAAAACCUUCCACAUGGUGUGCGAGAUACCGCGGUGGACUAACGCAAAAAUGGAGGUAGUGAAAAAUUAG